CCAAUCUCAUUAUUUGAAGAAGUCAUUUAAAGAGCUUGUCGAAUGCGACCAUCGUCGAGGAAUGCCAAUUUUAAAAUCUUGCUGCUGCUUUAGUAAUGUAUGGAAAGGAAGUUUGGCCUGUGCCAUUUAUACAUUGAUUAUUUUUAGCUUUGAUUUAAUGUUACAAGUAUUGACAUUAUUAAAAAUACAAUAUUUUUUAGACUCUAAUGAGGAUGAAGAAGACAAUUUAGUUUUAACUACAGGAGUUCUGCUGAUGACCUACAUAAACGCUAUUAUUUCUGUCAUAGGAAUUUUGGUAUCCAUAGUCUUGAUAGUUGGUUUAUAUGAGAAUAAUUAUAAAUUUUUAAUACCCUGGAUAUACACUAUGUUGACGAGUCUAGCCUUUGGCGUUGUUACUGUAGUUUUUAACACGCAGAUAAUGGAUAAAAAUAAGGUACCGGCCUAUGUAUCAUUUUAUGUCGCAUCAGUAAUGUUGAAUAUAUUCUAUGCUCUUUCCAGCUUUAUUGGCCUAAUGAAUGUCAUAGAUGAAUGGGACUUUUUGGUGGGGGAGCGAAGUAAGCCACGCGGGGAGACCAUUAUUGAAAAAGGCGAUAUAACGAAAACUCAUGUGGUGUUCAACAUAAUUACAAUGACUGUGUCAAUGGGAUUGGUAUUUUCUGCAGUAUUGCUGAUAUUUGGUUUAAAAAAGAAAAAAAGAGAACUAUUUUUGCCCUGGAUAUUGCUGAUGAUAAUGGAUUUGCUGGUGGAACUUAUCUACAUAGGGUAUUUUGCUUUUUAUCGCCGAGUUGAUUUUGAUCCUAUCAAUGGCUUCAUAUUUACACUGAUAUUUUUUAUAACAACGUUAAAUAUUUAUUGUACUUUAUGUGUAAUCUCUCAAUAUCAAUUGUAUAAAAACAAUAGCUGCUUAGGAAACGAACGAGAGAAGUGUGAAGUAACAAUCACCUUGGACAUAUCUCCCAGAUGACCAAAUGAGCCAAUUUCAAAAUCGGAAAAUGUUUCUCCCACAGCAGAGGAUUCCAUUCACUUGAAGCAUUCAGCGCCAUUUUUAUUAGCAUCGCAAACAGGUGCAGUGAUGUCUGCAAUACCUGAGGAAAAUUCGCAGACAAGCCUGUAAAAAAGUAAUUUACGAGA